AUGGCCAGUGCAGCUGGCCUUGUAAAUGCCAAUGAGCCUUUUUCAACCUCCUCGGUGAAUACCAAGUGGUCAGUUGGUUUACAGGAGAGUACUGUUACCUACACAUGGCCAACCACGAGUCCCUUACUAGCUGUGAGAGGUUAUCCCUUUGGUAUGCUAUCAGCAAGGGGGCUUCGAGCAUGUAACAGCUCGGGAGUUCACUACCUCAGCCUUGUAGAAGGAGGUAUCACAGAUAUAGAAACCACCAGUCUCGGUGUGUUUCUGGACUUGCAGCUUCUGUAUUUGGAUUACAACAACUUGUCUCACGUCAAGAAAGAUUGGUUCUCCACGUUAAGGCGUCCAGACGCCCUGGUAGUCUUGUCUUUGUCGCACAACAAGAUCGUAGACAUCGAGUCAGAAAGCUUUGCACGACUAGGCAUGCUGAGAAUGAUGUCACUUGAACAUAACCGUCUCCGGAAUUUGCACCCCGACUGGUUUUACGGGUUGACAAACUUAACAGGACUUAACUUGUUCUCAAACCGGCUUGAAACCCUUACAAAGACUGCGUUUGUGUUCCUAACCGAAUUGAAGCAGUUGAACAUGAGAGAAAACGAGCUCUUAAACCUCCCCAAGGGAUUUCGUUGGCCACAGAAAAAUCCCAUGUACCUUCUUACAGGGACAGGGUUGCUGGGUGCGCGUGACCCCACGUUUGAAUGGCGCGGAGUCGUGAUGUCUGAUUUGUCUUUGGUACAAAUCAGUGUCAGCGGUUUGAGUACGUACUCAACACAUGCUGACAAGUGGUUCAGGUAUGAAACACGGACAAGAGACGGUACCCGACUAACAUCUUCAGGUUUCGGCAUUGGGUACGGAUCAUUAGCGUUCAGCCAGAGUUACACCAUGGAAGAGCAGAAGUAUCCUGCCCCUUUCUUGAUCAUAGCUGCCAUGGAGGGAGAAGACAUGGCGUCUAUAGAGAAAAUGAACUACUGGUGUGAGCGAUUCUGGGCCGGGGAAGGUACAGUGAGUGUAACCUUGGGAGCGAGCAAAGAAACUACGGUACAGCUCGCUGCCGUUGUUACAAAGAAAGACAACGAUACAACAACUCUGAUUUCCGUAUUGUUCAACCCCGCUUGGACUCCUGAUGAAGAGAGCUCAUAUGUUAAUAACCAGAAACAGGCCAACAGUACAGGCACGAGGGUCGUGACGUGCGUAAUGCUCAGUGAGAUGAAUAAAUCCGAGUCGUACUUUGUGCCAAAACGCGGAGAGUCAGAGACCGUGCACGUGCGCCACAAUGUCAGCGACCAAAGUUGGAACAACAACACCGCCGUCAACAAGACAAAUCUCGUCAGAGAUGGCGAGCCAAUAGAAAACAGUACGACCUUCCACUCGCCAGUUGAUGUAAGCCUGUCACUGAGGCCUACUGAGACUGACGUGACUGUAACGGUGCGACCAGAACUACCAGAUCAAGAUGAACCGGUUCUCUCUGACGGUAUGAUAUUUGUGAUCAUAGCUGGAAUAUUUUUAGACGCGGUGGUUACCACCUUCGUGGUGAGAAUGCUGGUAAAGAGGCGUUGCCCUUCCCGUCGUCAUGACGACGGUCGCCAUGACGACGGUCGCCAUGACUACGAGAAUGACUACGAGAACACCGAUAUCUCACAUGUCUACCAUGAGAUACCCGAUGUCCUAGCCGGUCCUCCACCUCGGCCUGUUGUAUCCGACACACGGGGGGUUGGUCAGGCCUCCACGUCGGGAACAGCCGAGGACGACGACUCAAGCUACUCGGAAAUCCCAGACGACUACUUCAGCUUCAACAACCCUGGAUAUCGGUAUCAGCGUAACUCGCUGCCACCGGAUGACCACAACUACUGGCAGAUAUUGGACGAGUUCUACGGUUACGAAAACACCGACAGGCUGGCGAACUGGCGCCCGUCCUCACUGCCGCUGACAUUUGAGGCGACGUACGAAAACGCCAAAUACGAGAAUGUCGGACGCUGGCAACGGCAACGUUCUGAUAUUGACUAUACACCAAUGACUGGGAAGGUAGGAAAGAAGGCAGGUGCCAUUGGGAGACCAAUUAAUGAGGACACCGAAAGUCUGGCGAACUGGCGCCCAUCUUCACUGCCACUGACACUUGAAGCGACGUACGAAAACGUUAAAUACGAGAACGUUGGACGCUGGUCGCGACAACCUUCCGCCGUUGCCCGUGGGAGACCUACUACAAAAAGGCAAAGGUCUCGGGACGUGAUUGUGAUAGGGGGGUACGGAACUGAGUCACGGUCAUCAACGGUAGAGAGUGGGGAUCAGAACAUGGCUGCACGUGUAGGCUGGAGAGUCAGGCUACAAGAACGAGACAACAUUUCGUACGAUGUGGCUAAGAGAUUCAGUGAUCGGCGCACGAGCGCGUACCAAUCGCCAAGGAGAGUUUCAGUUUCAACGGUAGAGUCUGGGGGUCAGAACAUGGCUGCACGUGUAGGCUGGAGAGUCAGGCUACAAGAACGAGACAACACUUCGUACGAUGUGGCUAAGAGAUUCAGUGACCGGCGGACGAGCGCGUACCAAACGCCAAGAGUUUCAGUCUCAAGUGCAUUGCUGGACAGGGCCCUCCCCAAGCAAUGA